AUGGCGGAAGACUCGUUCCAUAACAAGGGCCUUCAACUGCUCUUUAGGGCGGUGCGGGACAGGACCAGGAUCAAGGUGUGGACCCGUAACCACAGCCAGGUGCGGAGCAUCCUUACGGGCUUUCUGCACGCCUACGACCGCCACAUGAACCUGGCCAUGGCCGACGUGGACGAAGUACUUCUGCUGCCGGCGUCCAUCAAGACGCCUAUUCUGCACCCGGUCGUGCGGCGAGGACCUCGCACGCCUCCAGGGUCUCCCGGCAGGUCUUCAGGCUCAGAGGGAGAGGGACAGGAGAAAACGGACAGUGUAGGGUCGGAAGACCGACGACUUCAGCAGGGACGACAAGAAGAACGCCAAGAGGGACAGCCACAAGAGCAUCGAGAAGGGCCUCCAGAAGAAGGUGGAAGGGGAGAGCGAGAGGAUCAAGAAAAGUGCCAAAAAGAUCCAGUUGAAGGUCUUCCUGAACCACUUCCGAAGGAACCCCAAGAAGGACGCCGGAGUCCCCGUGAAGACUCCGGGGAAGUGGGGAGAACAUAUGAACCGAUGGAGUCCUCAAGGAUAUCAACGGUGGCCACUUCUGGCUUUCAGGAAAUGAUGCAAGCGAUCCAACUUGAAGACCUGUCGACGCUGAGGUUGAAGAACAAGGAGGCCGCAGCGAUGGAAGUGGUGGAACCCACUACCGCCAUGGUUGUCGAGUCUUCUCAGGCAGGUCGCAGCGAGCGCUUGGAAGAGGCUACUCACUCGUCGACGUCAACGGUACCUCGAGCCAAGUGCAGUCAGGUAGAGUCCAGCCAACAGACAUCAGCGACAGAGAACGUGUUGUUAGCCGAGGAACUCGAGAAGAGGACAGGAGCGAAGGAUGAGACAUCGGCAUCAUCACCAUCAUCAUCGUUACCGUCAUCGUCGGUGCUAACCGCAUUACUGGCAUCCGCCCGCCAGAUGCAGUCCCUCCUUCCGGAGGCGUACCAGACGCGCAGGUACCAGGGAGCCGCAAGGAUGGACGAAAUCAUGAAGUACGAACUGAAGUUACCGAGCUGGGCGUCCGAGGUCAAGACCAGCCGGUCGAUGAAGUCCGGGAGCAGGCCGAGCAAAAAAACGUCUCGCACGCCGCCGGGGACGCCUCCGAGCGGUCGAAAAAGGGUUGGAGCAAAGACAUCCACGACGACGUCGGCACCGCUCAAGCACAAGACAAGGUCGUCUUCGGCGACCCCCACGGGGUCGCCUCCCAGUCCGACAGCUCUAGUCAUCGCAGACGCCGACGCCGCCUCUUGGAAACUGCAGGAGAUCGAAGUAAAGCGGCAAGAACAAAAGUUCACCAGGACCAAGACAAAAAAGAAGCCGCGUCGCCGAACGAGCGUCGUACCCGAAGAACAACUGCCCCGGGAACCCGACGAUCCGACGUCACCCCUCAAGGACCCCCGACGUCCAUCGCACAAUGUUGGUCCUUCCGUUCCGUCCCCUUACCCUAUGGAAGAAGAACACCCCACAAGACUGUCUCUUAGACCUCAAACAUUAGAACCAUUAAGUCUUGAGACAGACAAAGACCCGCCCAAGGAGACGCCUUCCGGUCCAGAGCUCAAUUCGACGGACGGCGCGUCCUCGAGUCAACAUGUAUCUGGUGAAGGCGUCGAGGAGACGCGACUCCGCUUGCAAGGCGUCGACCUAGGUCGUGGGAACGUCCGAUCUUCGUCGGAGGCGACUCCUGUGCCUCUGGACGAAAACGAGGCGUUAACGCCUGCGGUCGUCGGAGAACCGGCAGGUCUUCGUGACCUUCGUUCGUCCAGCCUCCUCAGGAGGGCUUCUAUCCAGAGCCUCGACCCUGGACCCGACCCUAGCCGUGAGUUGUCCUGCACGGAAAUUGGAGAGGACGCUAAAGGGUCUUCAGUACUAGAAGACCCGAGGCGUCGCCUCGAGGUCACCGGGGACGCCGAAGCGGCCAUCGGUGCCACUGAGCCAGAACCUCAGGUUCCUCUGGACUCGAGCCGUGGCACUAAGGCGAAGAGGACAAGCCGGGAGAGAAGACGUGCUCGGCAAGUUCUGACGCCUCGCAAGAGGCACGUCAAUCAGCUGUUCGUUCGUGGGGACAACGUGGUGUCUGUGUCUCUCUUGCCCGUUUGAUUAAAGAGUGAAAUAUGUGCAUGUUAUUAAAACAA